GUUCUCCUGUAACUCUUUGGCUAUACUUGGUAUCCUGUAUCAAUCCAUCCUUCCAUCUCUUUCACUUCUGCAAGGCUUUCUGUUUUUCCAGAUAGCAGACAUGAGCUACUACAGGCACUCAGGUCCCCGCAGUUAUCUGAGCUCCACCAUGACUGAGCGCUUUGACUGCUUCUACUGCAGAGACAACCUGCAGGGCAAGAAGUACGUCAAGAAAGAUGACAAGCCUGUGUGCGUGCGCUGCUUCGACAAGCUCUGCGCAAACACUUGUGCUGAAUGCCGCAAACCCAUCGGCGCUGAUGCAAAGGAACUGAACCAUAAGAAUCGCCACUGGCACGAGGGCUGCUUCCGCUGCGCCAAGUGCUACAAGCCGUUGGCCAACGAGCCCUUUCAAGCCAAGGACGAUGGCAAAAUCAUGUGUGGGAAGUGUGGAGAUCGUGACGGAUCGCCUCGCUGCCAGGGCUGCUACAAAGUCAUCACUCCAGGAUGUAAGAAUGUGGAGUACAAGCAUAAAGUCUGGCAUGAAGAGUGCUUCACCUGCUUUGAGUGCAAGCAGCCUAUCCGCACCCAGAGCUUCCUGACCAAGGGUGAUGACAUGUACUGCACUCCCUGCCACGAGAAGAAGUUUGCCAAGCACUGCGUUCGCUGCAAAGAGGCCAUUACCAGCGGUGGACUCACCUAUCAGGACCAGCCCUGGCACUCCGAGUGCUUUGUGUGUCACACGUGCAAGAAGCCUCUGGCUGGAGCUCGCUUCACAGCCCAUGAGGAUCAGUUCUACUGUGUGGACUGUUAUAAGAGCGAUGUGGCCAAGAAGUGCUCUGGAUGUCAAAAUCCCAUUACAGGAUUUGGCAGAGGGACCAAUGUGGUGAACUACGAGGACAAAUCCUGGCAUGAAUACUGCUUUAACUGCAAGAAAUGCUCCCUCUCCAUGGCCCACAAGCGCUUCGUCAUCAACGGAGAGGACAUCUACUGCUCUGACUGCGCCAAGAAGCUGUGAGGCCUGAUGGGAUGCGAUAAGGUUGAUUAACAGAAGCAAUUAAGAUUGAUCGAAAAACUAGCGAAGCUUUGAGUGUCCAACUAGAGAGAAUCCAGUGAGGGUGUGUGUUCAUUAAUCACUGGAAGAUUAUUUUUAUAGAGUGCUCGGAGUGCUAUAUGCAGGGCUUUUAUUAUGCAAAUCAUAUGAAAUCGCAAGAUUUAAGGCUUCAGUUAGUGCAAAGCUAUGGCGAACCUGUGUGAUGUUACAGAGUAUGUAAAAUGUAACAAAUGUAAGGGUUUGAAAUGAUUUCAUGUUGCUUUGUGGGGAAAAAAACAUUGUUUGAUUGUUUUUGAAUAAUUCAAUCAACUAACAACAACUCACAAAACACAUUACACAUCAUACACACACACAAAACACAAUAAACUCAAACAACCGAGCAUGAAACAACAA